CGCGUUUCAUAAAAAAGUAUGCACUCGAACGACAGCAUUUCCAGACCUGUGAUGUUGUUCGUAGCAUAGGAGCUGAGGUGAUUGUUAAUCGGUUGGUACGGACUCGUCCGGAGGUAAUUUUUCUCGCAAAUAAAAUUCACAAAUUGUGUGCGAAAAGUUGCAAUUUUCUAUCGACAAACUGUGGUAAUAUCAAACGGUGAUCAUUUGGGUCAUGUGGAUGUGGUCAACAGUUUGAAUUAGUGUAUUUUUGUGGUGGUCAAAGAGAGCAGAAAAAAGAAAAAGGCAAAAGUGUUUCGGUAUACGUGUGACAACUGUGUUCUAGAUAAAAGGAAAAUUCCAGUGCGUUAUUGCUGUUCGAGGAAUUUAAGAAAUUAAGUGCUGUUUUCUUGUACUGUCGGGACUUUUGUUUGGUGGUUUCGGGGAGAUUUUCCACUCACGAUUCCGGGAGCUCUACUGCAACGCGGCGCUGCAUCGUUUCGAACUGCUACAACAGUUCAGUCGCCGGUACUCCCCGGAGAAAGACGCAGCGCGAGUGGUUUUUUCCGAGUCAGACGAAUAGCGAGUGAUAUUCCGAGAAUGUUCAAUUAUAGCUGCUCUAGCGGUGUGACACGUAGUGAACGGCAACGGCAGCUACGACAGCGCCGACAGCAUCAGCAAUAGAAAGACAUCGCCGCGGCAGUGCUCAAACUCCAUCCGGUCUGGGAGGAAGACAAUCCGGAAUUCGAAUCAGAGUUCACCCGCAGAAGGAAUAAAUUGAUCGGAGCUCUUAGCUCGGGGACUGUUCGUUGUUGCGGUUGCCGAACUGCACCACUUUGAAGUAGGUGGAAAGGAAAAUCCGUGGAGAACAAAGUUGGCGAGUUUUCAAAAUUUGUGAUUGCAGCAACGGGUGCACAACUGGUUUUCGGAAAUUGGGAUACGAGUGCAUAAAUUCAUUGGUGGCCUGCGAGAGUGUUGAGUAACAACAUUGCCGGUGGUGUGUUGAACGUGAGUUGAAUUUUUCUUUUGCUAAUAGUGCAAUUUGCGUUUGUUUUGUGCGCCGCCCAGCACGUAACGAUUGAAAAACAAGGUUAUAAAUUUUGGUGCAACUUCUAGCACACGGUUUAGGAUUUGAUUCAGAGCAGUCGUGAUAUCGGUACCUAAAAACGCGCAGUUGGAGUUGUUUUCCUUGAAAAAAAGUUGAGUAUUAUUAGGACAGUGGCGAAGCAGCAGUUGUCGCAGUAGUAUCGGCUUCUAUCCGGAGUCCUCCAGAGGAAUAUGGAUAGAAGUGUAGACUCUAUUGGUAGUUGUUCACUUGACGUAGAUGCUGAUUCGACUGAUUUCUCAGACACCUCAGGAGAAUUAAACUUUCUCACACCCAACUCGGCCAAAGACAUCCAGCGUGAGUUUACCGCCGGCAUUAAGGAACGUUGUAAGAUCCCCGUUAUCAACUGUCAGGCCGUAACGACCGUGCUGGAUCCGGUGACCGGGAACAUCAGUACCGUCCUCACGACGACGUCGCCCCAGACGGAGACGGCCACGACGGCGGUGGCUGGCAAGAAACCAAGCUACCUUAAUUUGGCUUGCUGCGUCAAUGGCUACUCGAACCUGACGACGUACGACUCGAAGCUGCGGCAGGACAUCAACAAGUCGCGGGAGGUGUCACCGAGCCGGCCAAUCAUUGCCACGCUGCAUUAUAAUCGGUCGGAUGGUGGCAAUUUUCAGCUAACGGCGCCCACGCUCAGCUAUAUCAGUAUGAAUAACAGCAUAAACAAUAACAUCAGCAACGGAAGAGUCGGCGGGAUGGUGAACGGAACGGGACGUUAUAACGGGGCUGGCGGUAUGCCCGGGGGCCAGGAUGUCACAGAUAAUGCGUCAAUGUUUAAUGGCAAUGGAUUUGGCGGUGGUGGACUGAGGACCAGAGUGAUUUCAUCGCAAUCCCAAAUUAGCAGUGCUAGAGAGAGCGAAAAGGUAGUGAAGAAGAGUUUCAUACAGCAACGCGUUGAAAAAUUAUACGGCAAUGCAGAAGGUGUAGUGAUAAAUAAGCAAAUCUACAAUGGCAACGAGAGGAAAUAUUUGAAUAACAUUGCGAAUGAGAAUGUGAGCAAAAACUACUGCAGUGCGAUUCAUACGAUCGGGAACGGAAAUGUGGCUCCGAAUGGUGGAGGCGUGAGUGUGUCGAACGGUGGUACGACUGGAUUCGGCGGAAUGAUGGGGUGCGGUGGUGCGAGGGAAAAUCUUGACGAGAACAAUAAGGAAAUCGACGAUGAUCCAGAUAUGGAAGCACUGCCAGUGUUACGACAUUUGCGGCCCGAGUUUCGAGCACAGUUGCAAAUUUUUUCGCCCAAGAAAGUACCCAAGUCGUCAUCGAACCGAAGCGUUGGUAGUAACAGCAAUGGCGACAGCUGCGGUCUGAGUUCCAAUGGUCAUCACGCCGUUUUGAAUGAUGAACUAAGUCAUCGCCACUCGCACUCGACGUUGCACUCGAAUAAGGGCAAAGUUACAUCGAACGGUACUGCAAGCAGCAUCGCUUUGUCGUCAUGUUCGGCGCCUCGUCUGUCUAAUGGACGUCCCUAUUAUCUCCCGUCGGCCCGACCCGAAUCCGAGCUUUUAUCAGUGGCCACUUCGGCUACGGUGACGUCCAAGUCGUGUGACAAAGGAGCUGCAGUGCCAACAACCACUGCUACCAGCAAUAACAUCGCCAGUACUCAUCGGGAAACUUGCCCAUCAGUCGCGACAACGGUAGUGACAGAUCAGACACCGGCUAUUGAAGAUCUCGUUUGCGACAAGAAAUCGAAUCUAGCGUCAGGAAAUAUGAAAUUGAACCAUUCGGCUGUGGCUGUCAUGGCGUUCAACGACGAUGGAGGUGACAAUGGGACGGUUGUUCGGAAUGGAACCAGCAGAAAGAAUGGCCACCACUAUACGCAUUUAGAGGAUGACAAGGAAAAUGUGAACGGCACCGAUGUGGUAGCGGAAAUUGCACCAACUAAGAUUCAGCCGAAGGAUGGCAACUAUUUCCUACAGGUGCUCAAGAACGAGCAAAAUCGACUGCUCACAAUGGCAUCCGAAAUCGAGAGGGAAGUUGAAACUCUAAAGAUUGAUGGCGUAGAAAUUAGCGAAGAAAUUGCCGGCUAUGUGCUGGUGGCAGCCGGGAAGGCCCGGCUUCUGUGUACACAAAAAAUGAAACAGUUUGAAGGUUUAUGUUAUAAAAACUUAAAUCAGUCGCCGAACGAGAAGUUCCAGACAACGUGCGAAGAUCUGCGAGGUUUUUGGGACAUGCUAUUGCUGCAGGUUGACAACGUGGAUGAUUCUUUCCGAGAGAUUGAUACUUUUCGGAAAAAUGGCUGGAAGAAACCGUUACCUAAAAGCCCAGUCCCGCAGGCUCGCAGUACGAAACUUGUAAAGCGACCCUUCAAAGCACCCGCCACCGCAGCAGCAUCGAACGGAACGGCAGAUAAUCUCACGAACGGCUCUAGUAGUACAAAAGCGGCAGCAACGGAGGCAAAGAAGGCAGCCGCAGCUAAGCGUGAAAUCCAGCGGAAACAGCUGAUGGAAAUGAAGCGGAAGCAGAAACUGGCCAGUGGCCAGCAGAACAUUGAAAUAUUUGUUCCCGGUGCAGGUAGUAGCAAUGGCAGUACCACCAGUAGUGUAGUGAUUAGUGCGUCUGAAACGACUAACGGUGCCGCUGUGGUGGAUGCGAGUUGAUCUCGCUGCAGUCAGCAACGAAUAUCCUAAACGACUGGUACCGUAGGAGUGGUCCAUUGCCCGGAAGUUACGUAAAUGUGUAAAGCAUGUUUUGUCAUUCUUUUGUAUCGCUAAACAGAACACACCAACACGUAGAACGCUGACAUCUAGAUAAUUAUAUUUGGACUGAUUUAUUGAGGACGACUCAGAAACCUACAUUUUAAGUGUGGAUUUAAUCUUGACAAAUCUGGACCCGUCAUGAAGCAUGCAAAAGCGAGAAGGAGUAGAAAUUGUAAUCAAUCGUAACUAAAAUACAUCCAUUGUGAUUUUAUGAGAAAUGACAAACUUUUUAUAUGUUGAAUAUACUUAUUAUUAGUUCAUAUAAACCGGAAUAAAAACGUGAGGAGGUAAAUUAUUUAUUUAAUUGUAAGCAUAACAUACUAAACAAAUAACUCCUAAAGUGUGAAUUUAGCAUGCGUUGCUGCAAAACAGCCGGUUGAUCUAGACCAAUAGCUCUGUUUAUUUCUUUGGCUAGAAAGCCAGUGCUGCACGUAGUGAAAACGAUUCAUUAAAUCCUGUUUCUUAGGCUGCAAAUGAAUAAAAAGCUGAAUUCACUUAUUUUUAUAAGAUUCAUCCGUAAUAAAUUAUAAGAUUUCCGUUGGAACUCCACUAAAUAUUCGGUUUUUGACUAAAUGUAGCUAAAACUCAAGUCCUACUUCAUUUCAGCAUCUAUAAUCGACAUAUUAAGCUUAAACUAGUGGAAUAAUCAUUUUUAUUACAUUUAUACCUUUUAAUUUUAUGCCUUCUAUUAUUGUUAGUCCAACUAUGUUUUCUAUCUAUCUAAAUUUCCGUACGCUAUUCAAGCAUUGAUCAGUCAAAAAUGCACUAUGCAAAAAUUUGUUUCAACAUCGACUCGACAUUUACGAUAGUAAGUUAAAUAUGUACAACAAACCAUACCCAUCAGUGUUGUCGAAGUUUCAACAUUCCACUCUUUCUCUGACAGCUUUCUCAAGUGUCAUCAAACGAUAGAUUUUUUUAUUUGACAUCAUAUAAAUAUGAGUGCCUUUUGAUCAUCGAUCGCGAACAUUAGUACAAAAAAAGUAAGCUCUUCUAUUCGUUUUAUCUGCAUUUUCGAUUAUUCGUUAUCAAAAUUAGGUAAUUUGUCGAGUUGAUACCCGUGCUAUUCGUAUCUAUUUCAACAUUCGCUAAAUAUUUGCUCAUACUUUCAAAUGAUAGAAUUACGACUAUGAACUGUAACACUACCAGCAAUUGAGCCACUUGUAGAGACAGACAGGCCUGCUUAAUAAAGUAGAAACAAAAGAAAACACAAUUCGAAGAGUUCAAUAACGACAAUGAAAAAAAAAGUCAGAUAUAAUCAUAGUGUUCUAAUUUAUACUGUAACCUGCAAACGAUCUUUUCAACUAUCGAAACACGCAAAUUAACAUAUACACCGUGGAAAAGGAAUGAAUCUGACAAUCCGUUCCCAGAUGGGGAGGAGUGGUAUGCAAUGAUGCUUGAGUGGAGUCAAACUGCUGUAUUGUGAAUACAUGAAUGUGGAAUAUA